UUCCUCACGGGCCCCGCCUCUUCUUCCACACCCCGCCCGUUCCGGGAUAACCCCGCCCACUGCGCCCCCCGGCCCCGCCCAGGCCCCGCCCCGCGCCGGCGCCACAGCAACCCCAGGCCCCGCCCCCCCGCGGCGGUGCCGGUUGGGGUCGGGCCGAGCCCGAGGGACCGAGGCUGUGGGUCAUGAGGCGGCGGGGGGAGCGGGCGCCCAGGGAGAAGGUGGCGGUGGCGGCUGCGGAGGAGGAGAUGAAGAGCGCGGGGAGGAAGGCCGAGCAGGGCGCAGAGGAGUACCAGUGCACCGGCCUCUUGGAGCAGGAUUUUCCCGAGCUCUGCGCCCGGGCUGGCAUCGCCGCCGUCCCCAAAGUCACCCCGCGGCCAUCCCCGAGCUUCCCCGAGGACGAGGAGCCCCCCGAGCCCACGCUGGCGGAGGUCCUGGCUGGCAUCGAGCGCAAGUACAGCUACUUCCAGCCCUGCGUCCAGGCGGAGCGGGAGCACGAGGAUCCCCGCAGCGUCGCAGCCGUCUUCCUGCGAGGCUGGAAGAUCGAGGAGGACAUGCUGGGGGUCCUGAGCCAGUGCCUGCCCGCCCUGGCCGGCCUGCAGGCAUUGCACCUCUGGAAAGUCGGGCUGACGGAGCGGCUGCUCCCGGCGCUGGUGGCACUGCUGGCACGUUGUCCCCGCCUGCGGACGCUCAGCUUAGAGGGGAACCCUUUGCCCGAACCCGCCUUCCACACGCUGAUGGGGAGCGACAGCACGCUGGCCCACCUCUCGCUGCGCAACAACAGCAUCGGGGACGCGGCCGCCCGGCUCAUCGGGCAGAGCCUUUCCACCCCGAGCUCCUCCAACCGCAGCCUCGUCUCGCUCGUCCUCAGUUUCAACCGCAUCUCGGACCUGGGAGCCGGCUACAUCGCCGAGGGCUUGCGCUUGAACCGCUCCCUGCUCUCCCUGUCCCUGGCGAGCAACGACAUCGGGGACGCGGGGGCCAUCAAGCUCGCUGAGGUGCUGGGCCCCUUCGCGCUGACGCACGCCGAAGUGGUGGAGCGGAGGCGGCUGCUCUUGGCGGAGGCGCUGGGACGGUCCCGCACGACCUCAAAAGAAACCGAGAGCCAGAGCGAGCAAUUUUCCAGCCGCCGCAGCAGCAUGACCAACGACAAGCUGCCCCCGGCCAAGUCUGGCAAACCCCCCUCCAAAAAGAAGGAGCCGGCGCGGAAGGAGGAGGCCAGGCAGCCCAAGAAGGCGCCGGAGCCGAGAGGCGCCCGUGGCAGAGAAGCGAAACUGAGCAGCCAGGAGAAGCUGAGCCCGGAGGCGCCGGAUCCGGCCGCGCCGCCGCGGCCGCUGCUGGAUGAAGCCAGGCAGAGCCAGGGCAGCGUCGUCCUGCCGGGAAACCGGGCGCUCCUCAACCUCAACCUGACCUACAACCACAUCACCGAGCGGGGCCUGGGCGCGUUCCUGGCAGCGCUGGAGAGGCAGCAGCAGGAGAAGCAGCCGAAAGUGCCGGGGAAAGAGGGGCUGCUGUGCCUGUCGCUGGAGAAAAACCGCAUCCCUCCCCCCAGCCCGGCUUUCGCGCGGCUCCAGGAGCUGCUGCCGCCGCUCGACCCCCUCCUCAAAAGCCAAGAGGAGGAGCGGGAGUCGGGGGCGUAAAAAAAAGUUUUACCACGGGAAGGAAAACAAACCAGAUUAUACAGCAUCGAACAGCAA